AUGGGGAGGCAGCCGAAACUCCUCACCAAGGCGAAUGGCGUCACAGAGGGAACAAUUGUGAUCGUAGCGUCCGUGAGAGUUAUACUGCUUUUAAUAUCCAUGAAAUAUGUCAAUGAAAAUCCUUUGACAUUCAUUGGAUUGUAUACGGCGAGCCAACUGCUGGAUAUGGUCGACGGUUUCGUGUCCAGGUACUUCAACGAAGCGACGUUAGUCGGUGCUGCAUUCGACCAAUUGCUAGAUCGUAUGACUUCUUCGUAUGUUUGCUUCCUUAACGCAAAACAGUAUCCGCAAUACUUGGAAGCGUUCUACGCGGCUAUGGUAAUAGAUGUCUGCGGGCACUGGCUACACAACUACGCAUGCGCGCUUUACUCUAACACAAACCACAAAGAUGUGAAAGACGCAAAUGUUGUUUUGAGGGUGUACUACCAAAAAAAGUGGUUGAUGUUUGCAUCCAUCGUAAUGUACGAGACAUUCUUCUGUGCGCUGUACCUUAGGCCCAUGUACCAGAUGAACAUACGCAUUUACUACGUUCUGACAUCCAUCAUGUACGCAGCGGCGCCCUUGUGUGCUUACAAAACGCUGACCAACAUUCUGCAAGGAAUGUAUGGGUGUUCUAGAAUUAUGAAAUAUGACGUAGAAAUCGCAAAGAACUGA